AUGGCCUGCCGCGCCCGCCUGAAGCCACGUGGUGCGGCGUUCCCCUGGCCGGUCACGGCCCUGCCGCGCCCCGGCGCAACUCCGUCGUACCUCGGACCUCACAGCUGCUUUCAUCGGCGCAGGCUGGCAACGUCUUCUGCCGCCCCCGAGGCGCCUCCCGCCAGGUGGCAUGCCGACUUGAAAACGAGGCUAGGGAAAUGCAUCAUCUUCGGAUGCACUCCGCCGCAGGUGCAACGAGCCGCGGGCGUGCUGCGUGCCGUGGCCCAAGAAUGGCGCACCUUGACUGCGGGUAGUGAGGGUUUCCUUACCGGCGGUCUAAGAGGUCUGGAAGACCAGGCCGUUGUCUGGGGUGAAAUGGAUAGUUUCCAACACGUCAACAAUGCGACCUAUAUCCGGUAUGCGGAGUCAGCUCGUGUGAACUGGAUCACACAUUUCGCCUCUGUUGACCCGUCUCACGGAUCCGAAUGGAGGAAACUCAUGACGCCUCGCGCCACGGGCCUCAUCCUGAAGAGCAUCAAGGCCGAUUACAAAUUUCACCGGCGCAUUGCCGCCCGCACGGAGGAAGACAUUGUGAUUUACGACUACAAGGCGGCUAGCAAGACGACGAUGCCGCCUUUUGUACUGGGGGUGUUCCAGGACACCUGGCAACGACAGGUAGACGAGAUGGCAAGAGCGAGGCAAAGAAUUUGGCAGUUGGUUGGGGAGGUCGAGUCGUUAGAAAAAGAAACAUGGAACCGCGAGGAUGCGGUUGAAGACUUGGGUGCUGCAGCAUAG